CGAGGAUAGAUCAGCCCCCCGAAAAAUACCGUUGUCCUUAUAGACAUUGCGUUUGUGACGCCCUCGAGCAAUAAUAUCGUCCUUACACUACCUUGGUACAACAUCGAGAUUCUAGAUAAGUAUUUACUACAACUUAAUUCCUAUUCCUAUAAGUACAACAAGUACAUUUAGCGAUUCCAUAUUUUCAAUCGGACAGAAAAAAUGCCCUCGUCAUCCGGGAACAAGCCACCCGAGAAGGAGAAACGUCCUCCAGGUGGGUUUCAGUAUACGAUUGGCAGCUUUCACAGUGACCCGUUUGAAAAUACGCAGAAACUCUUAGCCGAAUCCAUUCACUUGGAACCAAGAGCUUCACGCUCGACUUUCUAUUUUUGAGGCCAAGAAGUAGAUUUCGGCAUCCAUUUCUAUGCAAAUCUCUGAAGCAUGUACAAGGAAAUCUCCACCUAUUGCACAGGAAUGGAUUAGGGGUACAAACUCUAAUAUCUCCUUGCCAAGAAAGAGAAUUUGCACUCGCCUCCAAGUGGGCAGCAUCUCUUCGGUGGACAGAUUCUCAGUUAUGAACAAGACAUAAUUUGCCAAGCAUUAAAAGAUUCAAGAAAGAACUACUCCUGUGUAUAUUGGUCCUAGGUGCAGAUGACAGAACACAUCCGAGGAGGUUUUCUCAUCAAACUUGUUGCAUCACCACCAGAAGUUACAACUAGUAGAUUAAUCAUUUCUUUUUUUCCUUUGAUGUGGUCCCUGGCAGGCAUGUUUGAUGGUUGCUUCAUUUGCUCCAGGCGCUGCGGGCGGCAAGUUUGACUGUUGACGGCGCAGCCACGUCGGACGCUUUUGAUGAAGGUGGCACGAGCAGCAAUGCCAAGGCUCAGACGAGCACUGUAACACUUCCUGAGUCCGUGAUGUCCUCACGUCCCGUAGCAACGUCUUCUAUGCCCUCACGUCCUCCUCGCAAGCAUAUCCACUCUUUUCAUGGAUAUUUCCUCGGAAUGGGAUCCAUUCGGUCGGACGUCUCCUACCGCGUGAGACUCAUUAGCGAUGGCAGAUCAUUUUCUACUCGCAACGUGGACGCAAUACAGGAAGGUCGAGUUAUAUUUAGCUGCAUAGCGUCUUUUCAGAAGCGUGAGCCUGUACCCGAACCGUGGAUGCGCUAUCAAGAAAAUUUUCCGCAAGAAGUCGAUCAAAUUGUCGCUGGAGGCAGUCCUUCGAGUGCAUGUAAAUUAUCCUCGUCCUCAUCUGGGAAAGAAACUAACGGUCAAGGACAUCAAAACGAAAUGCGGCAAUUUGUUCAAGAGGACUCGAACUCGGUGAUAGUUGAAUCCCAACUGCGGCCCUAUGACGAAGCAAUUUUUGCGUCAAUGCUACGAGCAUCAUCGAAGCAUCAGGGGGAUGAGAAGACCUUGAAUGUGCGCCACCAUCGUGAUUUUCGAGGAGGGCCCACCCCUUUGGAUUUGCGACCACUUGUCCUCUCUUCUGAUUGGCCAGCGGGCACGCCAGACGCUCCAGGGCGAAUGCUGUGGCUCGUGAAGACCCGUGAUCGAAUCCCGAGUGACAAUGUCAGUAUGGCUGGACAAAAUGAAGCAAUAGUAGGCUUCAAUAACUAAACGCCGGCGCCGACCUCGAACUCUCUUCAACAUUAGAAUUUUUCGUAUGUCUGUAGGAAGGGGGCCUCACAACUUCCAGCACGACUGCACAAAACUACUCGGCUCUAAUCAUUUGUAUCAUCAGUCUGUUCUGGCGCACAUGAGCGACACGAAUCUGGCAGUGGUGGCCUUCGCACCCAUCGGCGGCUUUCAUCGCGUAGCCUUACCACACUGUACGAUGAUGUGUUCGCUGGAUCACGCACUCUGGUUCCACGUACAUGCGGAAGAAGGUGUUAUUCUUAUCUAUGAAUACUAACUGCAUGCUUAUGCAAUGAAUCAGAUAUCUGUUAUUCAAUCUCAUGGAGUUACUGUUCUCACAACUUGACGGUCUACUUCCACUAUCCUAGUACUUUUCCGAAUCAUAAAUAACACACAGACGGAGCAGCCUUGCCAUGGCGUGCGGAUGAGUGGCUUGUUUUCGAUUGCACUUGCUACUGCAUGAACAACAGUCGCGCGAUUGUGCGUGGAAACGUGUACUGCUAUCGGACGCGGGCGCUCGUUGCUUCUUUGUGCCAGGAGCUGUUGAUCAGGCUAAAAUCAGCAGGGCCUGCGUUGCCACAUAAGACGGCACGACUUUGAGAGAACUACAAGGCAUGAUCCGAGACAAAUUCAUGAUUUGUUGUUGUUAUAUUUUCCGCCUACGCUUUGGCUUGCGCUUUCACAUGCCUUGAAGAUUUCAAUUUUCCGAGUAACAACAGACCGUGUUUCCAAGUAAAAUGAUUGUUGCCGCUCCUCUUGAACUACAACUCGACCUCAUGAACUACAAGGAAAGUAGUCCAUCUUCUAUCUAUCUACGAUCUAUCUGGAUGCAUGAAGUAGUCACACUCAUGUUGCUGCGGAACAAGUUUCGUAGUUCCAUCUCUCAGUGCGUCGGCGUUGCUUUCGCGAAGUUCUGCAUCUAAUACAUGCGCACAGAAGUUUUUCAGUUUCUUUUUGUUCUUGCAAGACGUCGAGUGGUACCUAUUUCUUUGCACUUCUUGCACAGACAACAUCGAAUUGUGUGCACAGAUAAUCCGGACGCUUUCGCACAAAAGCGACCUGCCAGCUCCAUUGGCUCAUACUUAACUAGUUCAGAUAUCUGACAGUUAUCGAUAUCUUCAGAAGUUGCUUACACCUCCACCUCGUUGUGUUGGAGUCUGUGUCACAUAGACGAGGUAAAGAAACAGAAGCGGCAUGCGAGC